ACUUGUGACCUUUAAUGACCAUCAAAACACAGUUACACUCCGUUUCUCAGUGGAGCUUGCUUUCUUUGCAGAGAGAUGCCAAAGGCCAAUACCUGUUUGACCUGCUCUGCCACCACCUGAAUCUACUGGAGAAAGACUAUUUUGGGAUCCGCUUUGUGGACCCUGAUAAGCAGCGGCAUUGGUUGGAGUUUACAAAGUCUGUGGUGAAGCAGUUGAGAUCCCAGCCUCCGUUCACCAUGUGUUUCCGUGUGAAGUUUUACCCUGCAGACCCUGUGGCCCUGAAAGAAGAAAUAACCAGGUAUUUAGUCUUCCUGCAGAUCAAAAGGGAUCUCUACCACGGCCGCCUCCUCUGUAAAACAUCAGACGCUGCCUUGUUAGCAGCUUAUAUCCUUCAAGCGGAGAUUGGGGAUUAUGACCCAGGAAAACACCCCGAAGGCUACAGCUCCAAGUUCCAGUUUUUCCCUAAACAUUCAGAGAAGCUGGAAAGGAAGAUCGCUGAGAUUCACAAGACAGAGCUCAGUGGUCAAACACCAGCAACUUCAGAGCUGAACUUUUUAAGGAAAGCACAGACACUGGAGACAUACGGAGUGGACCCCCACCCGUGUAAGGACGUGUCAGGAAAUGCUGCGUUUCUGGCCUUCACUCCUUUUGGGUUUGUUGUUCUGCAAGGAAACAAGAGGGUCCACUUUAUUAAAUGUAUCCUGUUUGCCUCUUUUACUGCAGCCAUUCACUGGGCUGGUGGCUUCAAGGAUUUUUCUACACAAACCCCUAAGCCCCUUUCCUGGAAUGAGGUGACCAAGCUGAAAUUUGAAGGAAAGACCUUUUAUUUAUACGUAAGUCAGAAAGAGGAAAAGAAAAUUAUUCUCACAUAUUUUGCUCCAACUCCAGAAGCCUGCAAGCACCUCUGGAAAUGUGGGAUCGAGAACCAAGCCUUCUACAAGCUGGAGAAGUCAAGCCAAGUCCGCACAGUGUCCAGCAGCAAUUUAUUCUUUAAAGGGAGCCGGUUCCGAUACAGUGGCCGAGUUGCAAAGGAAGUCAUGGAAUCCAGUGCCAAGAUCAAGCGGGAGCCGCCAGAAAUCCACAGAGCGGGGAUGGUCCCCAGCCGCAGCUGUCCCUCCAUAACCCACGGCCCAAGGCUGAGCAGCGUCCCCAGAACCCGCAGAAGAGCUGUUCACAUCUCCAUCAUGGAAGGCCUCGAGUCCCUGCGGGACAGUGCCCACUCCACCCCGGUACGUACCUCCUCCCACGGGGACACUUUCCUGCCUCACGUGAGAAGCAGCCGGGCAGACAGCAACGAGCGAGUCGCCGUGAUCGCGGACGAGGCCUACAGCCCGGCGGACAGCGUGCUGCCCACCCCUGUGGCCGAGCACAGCCUGGAGCUCAUGCUGCUCUCCCGGCAGAUCAACGGGGCGACCUGCAUCGAGGAGGAGAAGGAGUCUGAGGCCAGCACCCCCACUGCCGCCGAGCUGGAGGCCCUCGGGGGCGAGCUGAGGGCCCUGUGUCAGGGGCAUGGCAGGCCGGAGGAGGAACAGGUGAAUAAGUUUGUUUUAAGUGUCCUCCGUUUGCUCCUUGUGACCAUGGGACUCCUCUUUGUUUUGCUCCUCCUCCUGAUCAUCCUUACUGAGUCUGACCUUGACAUUGCCUUUUUCCGCGAUAUCCGCCAGACCCCCGAGUUUGAACAAUUCCACUAUCAAUACUUUUGUCCCCUCAGGCGAUGGUUUGCCUGCAAAAUCCGCUCAGUGGUGAGCCUGCUCAUUGACACCUGAGAAGGCAUGAAUCCUCCCAAUAACUAGCCAGGUGGACCAAGGAGCCCGGCUACCCAUUCCCAGCAAUGGGACCCAUCGCGGAACCAUCGGCACAUGUACCAAGUCCUCCUCUCAUGACUCAAAAAGUCCACAGCCUAGGAGGGUCGUUUCCCAGAAGAAGAAAGGGGAUAGGCACACGCCUUGUCUAAACUAACUGGGAAAACUCAUUUCCUUCAGAGGUUCUCUCAAGAAAGGCUCAGCAACUCAGUUUCUCAUCCUCCCAAUUUGCAGGAUAAUUUUUGGUUCUGAUUUUUGAUUUUUCAUAGAUGUGUAUUAUUUUGAAAAUAUCAAAAAUAAUUUAUUUUGUUAUUACUGAUUCUCGCAGUAGUGUCGCCCAGCAGACGGGACACUAGUUGAAGACUAGAGGGCUGGCGUCUUCUGCUUACUGCAGGAGCUUCCCUGCUGGGGGCCCAGCAGACUCAUCACUGCAGCCUCAGCAGGGCAGGUCAGGGGCCGGGACAAUGGGGACUGUCUAGGUUUUCUUCCCAGACAGAGCUUUUAAAAAAAAAAAAAAGUAAACAUCCAUGUAGAACGAUUAAAUGGAAAGUUGCUUCUUAUGAUGGUCUGAGUUGGAUUUUCUUUUCCUUUUCUUUCUUUCAAAUCUGAGCAGUGGGCAUCUGAAGGGACCACCCCCCACAGCAGCAGGGGUGGGGUAAGUCUGUCCCCUUAGACUAGAGCCUAGUGAGCAUCACCAUGAGUUCUGUAUAAUGAACUUAGACUCCGUGACUUUUUUCUAAGGACCUCAAGACUUUUACAGUGCUCCAGAAGCAAUAGGUAAAUUCAGUGGUGCCAGGAGUAGACAGCACUGUCAGACGUUGGACCAAGCACAGUUAACAGAAAUCAGAGCUAAGGCAGCAGAGAGACUGUUGAGAUCAGACAGCAGUACUUAUUUUGUAUACCCCUCUCCCCCCAGAAAAGACUAUUUCAAUUUAAACAAAAUAUUAUUUUCUUAUCAAUUCACCUUUUGUUUUUACUUUAUGGAGUAAGAAAAAUAGAGCCUGAUGAACUUAAAGAUGCAAGAAAGAAACCAAUCCUGAGAAUGAAAAGCUUCAGAAAAUAAAUUCCAAGAUCAACCAAACAGCCUUGGAAGGGACCAGGAAAAGAAUCUCAUUUUUUUUAAACAAGAGUUCCAAGAGAUGCCUCCAAAAGAAGGUGAACGUGGCAAAGACCAACACUUAGCUGUAGAAACACUGCCCCCUAGGGUUAUCCUCUGCACCAGGAAGAUGAAAGCUGUAGGAAAGCACUGGCUCUCUUGGCUGAGAGCCAUGGAAGCAGGCAGAAGUGUAAAGGGCGAGUGUGGAGUCUUCGGUCCAAGCUCCGCAACACUUAUAGCCGCUCACACAAAAAACUUGUUUUCAUCUCAGGGAGAGAUUUCCAAGUCAUCUGGGGCUGGAGGAUGUAGGCAGGACGGUCCGUGGACAGAUUCCUGGGGCACGCAGAACAGAAUGAGUCACAUGCAGGUCUGCUUUGCCCCCGUGUGUUCUCUGAGGUGACAGAACCAUAUCCAUGUACAGAAUAUCACAGCCAUGGAAAUAAACAGUUCUUUUUGAAGGUGGGUAUUGCAAAAUUUCAAAUGCCCUUUUAUCUAGGCCAAGGGUCAGCAAACUUCUGUAAAGUGCCAGGUAGUAAAUAUUUUUAAAUUUUGGUUUUGAAGGCCAUACUCUGUAGCAACUACUCCACUCUGCUGUCUUAGCACAAAAACAGCCACAGGUAAUACAUAAAGGAGCAAGGCUGUGUUCCAAUAGAAUUUUUAUUUAUAAAAACAGACGGUGAGCUGAAUUGGGCCCACAGGCCAGAAUUUGCCAACCCCGAUCUAGACAACAGAACUGUUUCUUACCAGUGUGUAAGCAGGAGGGCCAGUUCUGCUCUGAUUCCUGACAGGUAAAGAUCCAGGAUCAUUUCCCAGUAGAGGCGCUGGGCUUGCUUGUUUAAAGGGUGCUCGAACAACCAACCAGCAGAGAUGUCUGAUGCCAUGAUGAGCAAGAUCAAGAACUGUAAUGCUAAUAUGCAGCCAGAAUCAAAGCCUGGAAGAGGGCCUGUCUGAUCAUUUCCAUACCAGCAACAAUUUGGGCAGAAUUGCAAACAUCUGUUUUCCAAGUGACAAGACAAAAACUGAGGGAGAUCCUAGUAAAGAUUAGGGAUCACUCAGAACCAGAGAGCCACUGCCACUUGUCAUCUACGCAGGAAAGGCUUUACUAGCAGAUCUCUUGAGUGAGAAGUAGACUCAAAGAGGACAAGGCUGUCAGGAGACGGGGGGCUGGUUUUACCCUGGAUAUCUACUGUCUUAUGCAACAUAGCAGAUUACCUUUUAGUGUAGUGUUCCUACCUCAGUCUGUAGAAUAUGGUGUUUCUAUGCAGUGAGUGAUAGCCUCGACUCUGACCUUUCAUGUUCACAUUAACGAAAGAUGCAGUAUUCCAUAUCUUGGUAUGUUACUUGUAUCUAGAGUUCCAACGGUACAACAGUCCACACCACUUCCAACAGCGGGAUUUGCUCUCUGAACAGAAACUUGUGGGCUAUUUUUUUCCAGAGCUUAUCCUACAAAAUACAGAUAGAAAAGUCUCCUUCAAUUUGCUUUUCACAUAAUGCUUGAAUAACAAACCUCCUCUGUUGGUGACUAGUCUUUUUUGGUAUCUCCCCCAUCAUUAAAAGUUGUUCACGUUUUUUAACCUAGUUUUACUGUGUUCCACUAUGUCUAUUUUCUCUCAAAAUUAGUUUGAUCUCAUUGUAGAAAAAGCAAUGGUUUCCAUAGCUUCAUCUAUCAGAGGAAAUAAAACUUUUACUGAAGAAUAGUGUACUGCAUCUUUAAGCAGUAGAAGGUAAACUACCUGCAAAUGUGAAUUUCUUAGUUUCAUUAAAAAAUAUAUAUAUAGUUGUUAACCUUUCGUGUGCCAAAAAUUCUGUUACAUUUUCCUUCAGAGCAAUGUACUUUUUUCUACAUAUGCAGUAUGUAGUUAGCAUAAAAUCACUGGUGCCAUGAAAAUUAUUUUUAAACUUAAAUAAAUAUUUAAAUAUCA